GUUGCUUGUGGGAGGAAGGGAGCAGCAAGGGCAGUAGCUGGGGCUGUCUGUGGGAAGGGCACAGAUGGUUCUUUGGCCCUGCAAACUCAGGGCCUGGUUGUAGGAGCUGUCUCUUCCUCUUGGGAUGGAAGUGGAGUGUGGAGGUAGCAAGGUACUAUGGUGUCUUAGCAUACUGAAGUGGCAUGCUGCAGCUCAGUGCGCUUGGUAAGCCAUGCUGUGAUCGUGCCUUAAACUGGCCUUUAAAUAAAGGGGAAUCUCCCUGAUGCCAUAAAACACUAAGUUAUGUUAGGUCCUUGGUAAAUAGAGGGCAUGCACAGUUUUUUCCCAGUGGGUGUCACUGCAGCUCUUCAGUACGCUACAGGUGGUGGGUUCCUUGGCAUCAACAGGUUCAGCAGAUGAAUGAAUGAAUGCACAGUGACUGUUGUUAAAGUCCAUGUUUGCCAGCACUACUGCAUGGGUAUCUGAAAAGACUGGUUACAACCAAAGGGCUUGGCUGCUGCUGUGUUCUGAUGGUUGGCAAAUAACUUUGAUACUGAUCAGCGUGGCCUUUGGCUCUGGCACUGCAAGUUACUGCUUUUUAACAAUGUCGACCAGAAGAAGCUAGACAGGAGAUGGGGUGACCUGCUGUAAGGUACUAAUCGAAACUAGAUACAUCAGACUCCUCUAGAGUAGAUGGCAUUUGUGUGGCAAUGGGAGACUAUUGCAUUUUAGACAACAGAAGAAAGCUGUAAUUGCAUGGCUAGGUACUUGUGGCACUGGGAAUAUGGGGUAGUGGCUUUCUGCCUUCAACUUCGUUGUGCUUAACGUGGCACUGACUGGGGGCUGAACCUUGAAGUGGAGGGAGGUCUGUAGGCUCCAGUGACCCUGAGCGUCCUGCAGUCUCCCCAGCCAGAAGAGUCCAGAUAGAAAAAAAGCAAGUGGCUCUGUCCUUCAAAGGAGUGAUAGGCAACUGCCCUGUCUUUGUUUAGGAAGUAACAUUCUUGGGGCAUGAGAAGUGGGGAUGUCAGGAAAGGGCUUUCAUGUAAAUCAUCCUUCUGCCAACAGAAGGAACUAGAAAGAUGCAAUGUAUGACAUGCAGGCUGAGCGAACUUGAUAGCCAGGAGCUAAAAAAAGUAAAAAAUGACAAUAAAGCCAUAGUAAAAUCUAAGGAACCAGAAGUUGCUUCUCAUGGAUGGUAGCAUUACUUUUGAUCUCCACAGCAGAAUUAUUGCCUGUUGGCAAGGAGCAGAUGAAAGGCUAAUUGCUGUGACUUAAGUGCUCCAAGACAGUACAUACAAAUGGCGAUAGUAUGUUAAGUGCUAACACACUGAUGAAGAGAUCAAAGAUUGCUUGUAUGGUGGCUUGCAGACUUUGGCAGUGGUCCGAUGUGUGGCAGCUGACAAGUAAUGGCAGGCACCCAGGUUGAGCCUGGAGUGAGAGGACAACAGGCAAGCACGGCCUUGGUUUUUCAGGCAGCACGGAGAGGGGCUGGUAGGACAGACUUUGCCUUAGUGCAGCACUUAACAUGGGCAAAAGAGAAACAUGCUGGUAUUUACAGAGUGUCAGAAUCUGCUGGCUGGCAGUAUUAGGUGCUAGACUGGCUCUCUGAGCAUUGGAAGGGUACUUGGAUCAACCAUUGCAGAUGUCAGACAGUAUAAAAUACCUUAUGUUGGAAGAAACCAUGAUUUACAGACAGCAAAAUUGAAAAUAAGGUUGCAAACAGCCCUCACUCUUGCCGAGGAAGCUGACAGCAGAGAUAAGACAGUAAUGGCAAUUUAAAUUGAAGUGUGACUGUCGGAGCUUGCUUUGGGCUGUCAUGGUCCUCUCUGCAUGAUGAUACUGUUGACACAGCAGCAGCAACUGCUUUGGGUUUAUAAAGAAGCAAACAGCACCUCUGGGUAAGUGAGGAUGCAUAGGAUGGUCCUGGGGGAACAGUGGAUACAAAGUAAGGCCAUUUCUGCACAGGGAAAUGAAUGUAUGGUUUCAGCACAGGUAGGCAUUCCUGUGCCAGUUUUAGUCUGUGGGUAAGAAUAGCACUGAAGAGGUGGCAGGAGGGGUGUGAAUACAGGCUAGGAACUGGAGUACAAGCCCCUGGGGACACUGGGUUACGUGGAUUAUGCCUACACAUGUUAGAUUUAUGCCAUAACUGCUGUGCAAAACAUCAGAUCCUUCAAAAAAAAAAAACCAAACAAAAAGAGUCCGCAGAAAAAGCUACAGCAAAACCAGUAUGGGAAGAAAAAAAAAAAACCCAAGCAAAUGAAGAUUUAGAACUGCAGGAGAAAGAAUAGGAGGGUAUGCAGGGACAGUUUCACUGAGGAAGCUGAGCAACAGUAUGGGACGGUAACAGCUUAGUAAAGCUUCUUCCCACUAAGUCGCGGGCUCCAGAAGAUAGUAGACCCCGGCAAUAGGAGAAAAACUAUGAGUAAUGGGUGCUGCCUUUAAGAAUUACUAAAUCAACCAGUGUCACAGACUGUUGACCAUAAGGACAUAAUUGGGGGACAAAGCACAGAAACACUCAUCACUGAUGGGAAAGAUGCAGCAAAACCAAGGUGAGCAAAGGAAGCUGUACUGUUGUCAGCUUUUUGGGGAUGAGACUGCUAAAUAAAAUAACUGAGGUUGACCUGAGGUUGACCAAGACCACAACAAGAACAGUGCCAAAGCAAGGAUGCAAAAGUGACUGUAAUAAUUAAGAGGGUUUACAGACAUUUCGGCAAGAGGUCAAGUCUUGUGUUACAGCAUUUUAACCGGAACAAGGGGAGUAUAGAGGCAAAGCUAAGGAAAUGCAAACUGAAUUUUGACCCAUGAAAUCACGUGUUGACCAGAUUUUUGCUGUGAGGAUAGUUGUUGAAGAGAGCAUUGAAUGACACAAGCUGCUCAUCGCUGAACUGAAGUUUUAAGAAAGCCUUCUCUGUCUCUUAAUUCACUCUGGAGCAUCUUGAUGUCGUGGCAUGAAAUGAUGAAUAGCAUCAGCGCAGAAGCCACAGCUACAGUGAAUGUAAACUUGAGCAGCUGGCGUCACGCAGAUCCCAGUGUCAGAUGCCACGAAGCUGUUUCCCCUGCUAUGAUGCCAGGGCAGAUCCCCGACCCGUCCCUGACGGCUGGUGCACUGCCUGGGCUCGGCCCCUUGACGGGACUACCUAGCACAGCCCUGACCACCGAGGAGCUGAAGUACGCCGACAUCCGCAACAUCGGGGCCAUGAUCUCGCCGCUCCAGUUCCUGGAGGUGAAGCUUGGGAAGAGACCCCAGCCUGUGAAAAGUGAGCUGGACGAGGAAGAGGAGAGGAGGAAAAGGCGCCGGGAGAAAAACAAAGUAGCAGCAGCACGAUGUCGUAACAAGAAGAAGGAGAGGACGGAGUUCCUGCAGCGGGAGUCCGAGCGUCUGGAGCUCAUGAACGCUGAGCUGAAAGCCCAGAUAGAAGAGCUGAAACAGGAGAGGCAGCAGCUGAUCCUGAUGCUGAACCGGCACCGUCCCACCUGCAUCGUGCGGACAGACAGCAUCAAGACGCCCGAGAGUGAAGCCAACCCUCUGCUGGAGCAGCUAGAGAAGAAGUGAAGGUGGCACUGGGCCAGGAGGAGGAGACAGUGGUGCAGGGUCUUCUAGGGUCUCUAAUGUAUGUACUGUAUGAAGAACUGUGCACCCAGGCCUGGUGCAGCCAGGACCCAGUGGGCUUCCUUGGGAACUAUGGACCAAACAAAUAUAGGGACAGAGAAGAUCAGGAACCUGUCAACCAUGUACUCUGAGGCUGAACCCGGGAGCAGGGCUAGCGGCGCCGGUGAGGGCAACCUCCCUGUGAUACCUCAUCAUGGCCCUUCAGCCUGCUUGCAGCCCCAGGGGCCCACGCCGCCGCAGAACGUCCCGUGAGGACCACGCACCCUGUGGGGAGCAGGGGCCGCAGACGGAGGAGCAGCGGCUGCGCGGUGCCCACUGGUGCCCUGCCCAGAGGCUGCCGCCGCUCCUGGCGCACACUCCGGAGGGAAACCCGAACCCAAGAACCGCAACACUUGACGCAGCCCCGUCCGGUGGGCAGCCCUGUCAGGGCUCGGUGGCGCAGGCGCCCCCCACAAGCACACUCUCAGUAUAAUGUUUACAGCCCAGCUGUCCGUGUCGGCCGUGCUUUUGAAUGCACAUUUUUACACUUUUUUUAAAGUAUUUUUUACAAAGUUUUUAUACAGCGAUCUCUAUAUGGAUUUAUAUAAUCACUAGAUGUGAUCCCAUAGAAAUGUAUGUUAUGAUGGUCUGUUUGUUACAAACGCAUAUGCCACAGUUAUCUCCAUUGUGUUACUUGUCUGGUAGCGUCCGGCCCCUUCCCCGGCGUGCUGGGAAGGGGGUCCAAGCCACCCUCCGCAGUGGUGUCGCUACCCUCUCCAUCCAUGUAUGUCCUUCAUAAUACUCAGUUCUGUAUCUCUCAGUAAAUGUUACCUUUACAUA